AACAGCAAGAUGCGCUGUAUAUGCGAUAUUUCAUUAAAAUCUAAUUUGGGCUUCAGUUAGCAUAUAGACACGGGCGUGCUUGUUGCGUGUACUUUUGCAAUAUACACUAUCAAAAUAGUCUCAGUGUCAUACACAGUAUCGUUAAUUUGGACUCUAUAAAUAAGAAGAUAAAGAAGAAGGGAUGCUCUCAUAAGAAGAGAGAGAGCGAAAACAAACAGAAACGUGUGCACCCGUUGGAAAGGCGCAAAAAGAGUGGCUAUAGACUCUGUUCAUGCCGCUUUGGUUUGAUUUGAGGGUGGCAGAGAAAAUAUUUUUAGAGGAAUGAACAUGUGCAGUGAUUGGGAGGGAGAUGCACUUUUUUCUCAUAAAGAUUCGCAGUAUUUCAGAUAGAGGGAUACAGCCGCCGGUGGCUACAGUAAAAAGAAGCAAAAUUAUUAUUGCCGCUACUAUAGACAAGCUGUGCACGGCUUUAAAAACGUCGCAAUCUCCGUUACUGUUGUAACAUCUUGCUUAGAUCUUACUGGGUUUUAUUCCUGCUGUCUCGGAAAAGAGACGCGUACUGCAGAGAGCGAAGAAAAAACUGGAAAAUAUAGUCCCUUCGAUCGCACAAACCAAAAAAAAGCAACCUUUUGUUAGCGUUUGUGUGCUGAUGUGCGUGUGCCGGCAUACACACACAUUGUACACGAACCGAGCUCGACCCAAAGCAAACUCCUCCUCCUCCCUCCUCCAUCCUUUCUCUCUCUCUUCUUUUCCCUCCCCUCGAUCCUCUAUGCUAAGUUCGGUGUGUGUCUCCUCUUUCAAAGGGCACAAGAGUGGGAACAAGUUGUCCAACAAAGUAUGCUACAGUGCAGACAUGACUUGCCCUUCAGACAUCGAGAGAAUUGUCAUAAACUGCGGGGGGGUGCGCCACGAAACCUAUCGCAGUACACUAAAGACAAUACCCGGUACACGUUUAUACUGGCUUACCGAACCGGAUGCUUUUAGUAACUUCGACUAUGACCCCCAAACUGACGAGUUCUUCUUUGAUCGCCACCCGUUGGUAUUUGCCUUCAUCCUAAACUAUUACCGGACCGGAAAGUUGCACUGUCCCAGCAAUGUAUGCGGUCCUAUGUUUGAAGAGGAAUUGGCGUUUUGGGGGAUCGACGAACUGGACUUUGAGACAUGUUGCUGGUCGCUCUAUACCCAACACAGGGAUGCGGAGGAGGCAAUGGGGGGAGGUUUUGAUGGUCCAGAAGGUGAUCCUCCCAAAGAAGAAGACCCUGCGUUAGGAGGCGAAGAAGGAGAGGAUCUGAAGAGACUUUGCAUGCAAGAGAAAGAGGAGAGUUGGUGGAGCGUGAAUCAACCCAUAAUUUGGGAACUCUUUGAAGACCCAUAUUCAUCUAGAAAUGCUAAGUAUGUUGCAGUAGUCUCCCUGUGUUUCAUCCUUCUCUCCAUUGCAACAUUCUGUAUGGAGACAUGUGAGGUCUUCAACGUCGUCCUCCCGAUUGUCAAAAACGUGACCGUGGGCAAUGUCACUCAGGAGAAAACCACCUAUGAGAUUGAACCUGUCGGCUGGCUCGUCUACGUGGAAGGAAUGUGUGUCAUCUGGUUCACCAUCGAAGCCUCAGUGAGAGUGAUCUUCUGUCCCAGCAAAGUCGAGUACUUCAAGUCCUUCCUUAACAAUAUUGACUUUGUCUCCAUCGUGCCCUUCUACCUGGAGCUAGCAUUAGCCGGCGUAGAGAACAAAGUAGCUACGGACAUUCUGGGCGUUCUGCGAGUUAUGCGCUUUGUCAGAAUCCUGAGAGUCUUCAAGCUGACCCGUCACUUCAUAGGCCUCCGAGUACUGAUCCAAACUCUCAGAUCCAGCAUCAGUGAGUUCUUUCUGCUCGUCAUCUUCUUGGCCUUAGGGGUGCUCAUCUUUGCCACCUUGAUUUACUAUGCUGAGAGAGUUGGCGCUGCUCCAGAUGAUUACACUGGAAGUGCUCACACAACCUUCACAAACAUUCCAAUUGGGUUCUGGUGGGCUGUGGUGACCAUGACCACAUUAGGCUAUGGAGACAUGUGGCCAGUCACGUGGAGUGGCAAGCUGGUGGGAGCAAUGUGUGCAUUGACUGGUGUGUUGACCAUCGCCAUGCCAGUGCCCGUCAUCGUAAACAAUUUUGGGCUGUAUUAUUCCCUGGCUAUGGCCAAACAGAAGCUGCCCAAGAAGAAGUACAAGCAUACUCCCAGGGCCCCCAUGCCAGGGUCACCAGGGUACUGUAAAACAGACGCCCUUGCUAUAGCCUCUGCCUCUCCAGAAGGAAUCCUGGGAAACCUGGGUGGGAUAGCCGAAUCAGGAGGAGGCUGUCCCCUAGCACAAGAGGAGGUUAUUGAAGUCAACAGAGACUCCAAACAGAAUGGAGAUGCUGCCAACGCAGCCCAGGCUAAUAAAGAAUGCCCAAACAAUGCGCAGGAGGACAGCCCAGUAGGGGGCGGGGCCGACCGCGAACGCUGCCCGCAUGACCGUGCCUGCUUCCUCCUCAGCAGUGGGGAAUCCCGAGCCACCGAUGGAAACAUGAGGAAAGCUCCUGGCUAUGAGAAAUCCCACAGUAUGAGCAACAUCUCAGGAAUGACUGGGUCCUCCAUUCGCCUCAACCCAAUCGCACCGACCACCAGUCCCCAAUACGAGGCCCCGGGGCCCCUACGCCGGUGCUGCUCUCCCAUUCCGUCCAUCAGACAGGGAAUUAACAUCAAUCAAGUUUCAUCAUCAGAGGACCUAUAGGCUUGGGCUAGAAGGAGAGAAUUGGCAGGCUGCUGAGAUUCACUGGCAGAUGUGUCCAGAGGUAAAUUAAGUAAUGUUUAGUUACUAUACAUGUCUGGUAAUUGUUUGGUUGUUUUGUACUGUUACAUAUUUAUAAUAUCAAUAUGACAAUGUUUAAUUAUUGCUUUCAUAAUCAGUUUCAAGUUUUUGUAAUGAUUGGUUCUGUUUAAAUUCUUGUAAAACAAAAUAUAUUACAUGAACAUUUUAAAUGUUAAACUUUGUGAUUUUCAUGUAGGAUGACGUGUCAUUGGGGUACACACUGGCAGCAUUGCUCAAUUGUAUUUUCAGAGAGAAAAAAAGCUCAGGACACUUUUGAAAUACUGUAAUCAAAAUAAACAUAUCAUGUACUGUAUCAAAGUAGAGCCCUUUACAAGACGUCAAAUGUCUGGGCAAUUGGUUAGUAGAACCAUUUAGAGCAAGGGUCUCAAACUCCAGUCCUGGUGGGCCAGAGACCUCUGUAGCUUAGUUCUUUCCCUGAUUCACCACAAACGAUUCAGCCCAAGAGUUGUGUGGUAAUUAGCACAAGUAGUUGAAUCAGGUGUGUUAAAUGAGGGUAAACUCAAAAAUGUGCAGGGCACCGGCCCUCCAGGACUGGAGUUUCAGACCCCAGAUUUAGAGUAACAAGAACUAACAAGCUAUGUUUUCAAAGCAAUAUUUAUUGCACUACACUUGCAGUAUGAAAUGUAUGUAUGUGUACCUAUGUGUAUGAUUUUAUCUAAAGAUAAUUUGAAGGUUAUUAAUGUACUUUUUGAGGAAUUAAGGAUGGAGGGAACUGGAAUUGGCACAGGGUCUAUUCACUGAACUUUGCUUGAAUGAUUUGCCCUAAUACAGGACCUAUUGACUAAUCAUUUAGGCCCAAAAUCUCUGUGCCUCUUUCCUUCUAAAGAGUUAUGUUUUAACUGACUGUUAAGAUCAAUAUUUGGCAUAAAUAUUAUCUGAAUAUUUAUCUGAAAUUGUACCGAUUUCUACGUGCAUGGGGAUCCAGUUCUAGCAAUAACAAAUUAAUGUUCUAUGUGUCAUAGCUUGCGUGUAUCUUUUUCCAAUCAUGCAUAUUCUAACAAUGUGUGACAAAUAUAUGCAAACAGAAGCAGUAACUGUGAUCACUAACACGAAAACACCUUUCUUCUGUACCUAAACCACCCUUUCUUCCAUUUCGGUCCUAUUUUUUUUUUCUGUCCAGAGGAUCAUUUCCAUAAGAGGAAGCUCUUAGACAGAACACCGUUGGCUUAGCUGUUGUGCAAAACACGCAAUGGGUCUACAGCAGGGAGAUACUGACACUAGACCUUGGCUAUUUGCUGUUCCUUAAUUGUUAUCAGAAUUGUUAUAUAUAUAUAUGAAAAAUAUACACACACACACACACACACACAUAUAUAAUACGAAUAUAUAUAAAUGUGAAAAUGGGUUACUCAUUAAAAUGUUGGAGCUAUAGCUGAAAAGUCCAUCAUUACACUGUUAAACAAAGAUGUUUUAUGUGCCAGAUAGUGGUGGAAACAGAUCUACACUAUAGCCUGUUUGUGCUUGCAAAAUGCAGUGUUUAUAUAAAAUAUUAUUCAUAUAUUUCAUAGAUUAGAAAAGCAAGGAUUUUUUGUCAAACGUCUACUGAUCAGCUGUGGUAGGAAAAUUAUAAAUCAACCUCUCUGAUAACUCUAGUUGAGCAACUUACUGUAGAAUAAAACUCUGGACCUCUCAGUUUGGUGAGUAAAGUACAGACGCUCCUCUACUUAUGAAUGAGAUGCGUUCCGAAUGGCCGUUCGUAACUUAAAAUGUUCAUAAGUCGUUAUUCAACAU